CCGGAUCCUGGAGGGAUCUCUCAGGGGAAAACUCCGGAUCCUGGAGGGAUCUGCCAGGGAAAACUCCGGAUCCUGGAGGGAUCGGUCAGGGGAAAACUCCGGAUCCUGGAGGGAUCUGCCAGGGAAAACGCCGGGUUCGAGAAGGAUCUGUCAGAGGAAAACUCUGGGUCCCGGAGCUGCUCGCCCGUCCUGGGAAUAACGCCCGGUCCUGGGGCCACCUGAAAUGGAGGGGCUGUGACAGGGACCAGUAAGGGACUGGCACUGGGAACACUGGGAGCGGCAUGGGUAGGACCCCAGGUGUGCUGGGACCAGUAAAGGACGGAUACUGGGGACACUGGGAACCACGGGGACCUAUGGGGGGUCACAGGGUGUGAGCCCCGGUGUGCUGGGACCAGUAAAGGACGGAUACUGGGGACACUGGGAACCAUGGGGACCUAUGGGGGGUCACAGGGUGUGAGCCCCGGUGUGCUGGGACCAGUAAAGGACGGAUACUGGGGACACUGGGAACCACGGGGACCUAUGGGGGGUCACGGGGUGUGAGCCCCGGUGUACUGGGACCAGUAAGGGCCCGGCACUGGUCAUGCUGGGCGAAGCAGGAUGGCCUCGGACGGGCUCCAGCACCCAGCUGAGGAUUUUCCUCUGGCUCCGCGCGGAGGAUUUGGGAGAUUUGAGCCGGAGCAGAGCGAGGAUUAAUCGGGAUUAUUGGGAUAUUAGCUGGAAUAUUAACUGGUUUACAGGGGAUGAGGUCUCCGGGGCACAAACACCCAUCAGCCCCGAAUUAAAGCGCUAAUGAGCCGGAAUGAAGCGUGAGGGGAAACUGAGGCAGCGGCGGGAGCCAACCCUCGGCCCCCAGGAGCCCCCCGGGGCCUCCAUCGCCUUCCCCGGGGUUUUUCUGAGUUCAUUUCGAAGGCGUCGCUCUCGCCCCUUUCGUUUCCUGCUUCGGAGGUUUCGCUCUUCGCUCAAAACCCGAGAGGGAAAUUCCCUCCCCCCCAAAUUUGCUGCCGCUCGCAGCUCGGCGUCACCGCGGCCGCCGGGCCGGGCCCCCACGCUCCCCACCACGGCGGCCGUUCCCCGUCCUCCGCCCUGCCCGGGCGUGGCGGAGAUGGAGGAGGUGUUCCUGCAGCUCCGGGGCGAGGUGGCCAGGCUGCAGGAGCUGUGCUCGGAGCAGGCCAGGCUCCUCCAGCGGCUGAAGGCCAGGAAGGGACCGGUGCUGGACAUCCCGGAGUCGCUGCCUAUCCAGUGCACGGAGGAUGCGGCGACAGGGGACGGGCAAAGGACACCUGAGAGCCGCCAAAAGCACCCAGAGGCUCCGGCAUCCUCCACACCCCACCUGCGGGGUUCUGCCUGCCCCAUGGGACAGCCCCGGGCCGCCAGCAGCUUCCCCCCGAGCCCUGGGAACGGCGCUGGAGCCGGAGGAGCCGCCGCUUUCGGCGGCCCCGAUGGGGAUGUGCCCACCUGGAUGAGGACCUGGCUCCUCCCUGUCCCCUGGGACGGGGGAAGAGCUCCCUGCGGCCCCCGGGAGCUGGAGACACUGAAUCCGGGGGCUGGGGGCUCCUUCCUGAAGCUUCUGGAUCUCCCGGAAGCACCUGAGAAAGAAGAUGCUCCCAGGGACGUGGUUCUGCCUGGGGAGGCUCUGGUGGAGAUCCGAGGGCCUGUGAAGACGUGCUGGACUCCGGGCUGGGCGCUGGAGGAGGAGACGCCUGGGACCGGCCCCACCUGCGGGGCCGCUCCGGCCUGCGACCUGUGCCGGGAGAUUUUCCCCUCGGACGCAGCAGGACACGCGGAAUAUCUGAACCGCGUUUUGGCCCGACUGGAGUAGGAGUCGUCUUCCCGACGGGAAAUCCGUGGGUUUGCACUUCGACCCAUGGGAUGGAUUCUGCGCGUUCCCAAGUUGGGCUUGGUGGCCUCGAAGGGCUCCUGCAGUCCUGGGAUUCUGUGGCUGGUGUGGAUUCUGGGAUCCUGCUGCUGGUGUGGGUUGGGAGCACUUUCCACGUUCCUCGUCCUUCUCCAUGAGGAAUGAGCUCCCGGAUUUGGAUCGCCCCGGGAGUGUUUUGGGUUGUUGAUCUCCGUGGAUAUCGAUCCCAUCCCGGGGGCUGGAGGUGUGAGGGGGAGCUGCAGCUCCUGGGAAAAGGGAAUUCCUCAACAUUUUUCUUUGCCUGAGUGGGAAUGAAUCUUCCAUAAAUAGUUAGGGAUGUUUGGGAGGACACAUUGGCUUUUGCUAGGAGCUUGGAAGGUUGGGUGGGAGAAUCUCAAGGUUUUCGGGGUCGCUGAGAAUUAUUUUAAUCCAUUAACAGCAAUUUGAGUGUUUUAUAGCACAUCCAGUGGCAUCCAAUGCGUUUCCCAAAUUCACUGCAGCAGUGGGGAAAUUGAGGCCCACAGCAGCAGCUCCAAAUCCCUUUUUUCUCUCGGAAAAA